AUGAAAGUACUCAUUGUAGGCAACGCUCGCUGCGGGAAGACCAGCACCAUACGAAGAUUCACUCAAGACGACUUCAAUGAGGAGUAUGUAAGCACCAUCGGGGCGGACUUUGUGGAGAAGAUCAUCGCGUAUGACGAGCAAUUGACCAUCAGUUUGCAACUAUGGGACAUUGCAGGUCAAGAUCGCUUCGCUAAGUUUACACGCGGCUACUUUCGAGAAGCAAGAGGAGCUGUGAUCGUCUGUGAUAUCACACGAGCGAACACGAUCGACGCUGUCGUCAACUGGAAGAACGAGAUCGACACGUGCUGCAAAGACUUGAACGAAGGCGCAGAGAUCCCAGUCGUGAUGGUUGCUAAUAAGAGCGACUUGUUGCUGGACCCCAUGGGAGCGCUGGAUCUGGGCGUCAACAUGCAGAAAUGCGUCGAUAAGAACAACAUUGUCGAGUGGUUCCGUGCCUCAGCCAAGAGUGGCGAGCGUAUUGGUGAUGCCUUCCAGUGUCUAAUCAACCGAAUGGUUAACGACUAUCGCAAUGGGGAGGACAAAGACAAGAACGAAGAGGAGAAGCCUGAAGAAGAAGCCCCACCAGAGAUCAUCCGGUUGUCCCAGACUCCACCGCAGUACCGAGCUGUCAAGCAACAAGGCUUCGCGUGUGACUGCAAUUAGAAAGGCUACUAGUACUGCUC